AUGCCUUGUAACCACUACCACUCACUCGGGAGUUCCCAAAAGGCACCACUACUCUCUGCCAUCGUACAUGGCUCUAAUCCUAUACACUUUGAAGAUGGAUUUUGUUUGCCCAGCAGCUACUAUAGCAGAACCUGGCUCCUGGACAACUUUCAAGAGACUUGCAAUGAAACCACCAUCAGCCAACUGACCAGUUGUGAACAGAAGAACCAGUUCACAGAAGACAACCCUGUGCAAAGUACCUGCCUCCCUGAAGAUGUCCAAAUGACUUAUUCUGAUCCCGGGCACUGUGAAAGGACAACAUAUCAAUUACAAAGCACCUCAGUGGUGUUGGAGCAUGCUUCUCAGCCUUGUCAGUCAGAAAGCAGUGAGCAAAUGGGUUUUGUAGUCCAGAGGUGCCAACCUGAGUGCCACAUGGAAAAAUGCUGCCCACCCAAGAUGUCUGUGUCUAAGAGUUGCCAAACUCUGGAAUGUGAAUCCAGCCAAUGCCAGUUCCAGAGCCUGGAAUCCAGUUCCUGUAGACAUUUGGUCAAAGAUGCACGUGAGACGCAAUUCCUGGAAUCUCCUUCUAGCACUUACGAACUAACUUGCUGUGUUACUGGUGGUUUGAAAUUGCCUAGUAAGUGA